UUUAGAGUACAAUUGUUUUUCUCUUUUGGUAACCUUUGGAAUAGUUACUAUCCGCACGUCUCUUUAUAUGCAAACUUGAGUCAGGACAAAAUUGUAGAGCACACACGAGAACUGGAGCAGAUUAACACUCUGUCUGCUCUGGAAGACUUUAGAGCCUCAAGGAGAGAAACCUUGCCUUCUCACAUUUGAACCACAAAUGCUGCUUAGAGAAACCAUUCGCAAGACCAAGCUAUUGUUUCACAAGACCUUCCGAAGCUUCAAGUCUGUCAUCUUUGGAGGGUACCAAAAACUACCAAGAUCUCUCUCCUUCAAUCCAUUCCUUGGUCGCAGUGGAAAUGCGAGAACUUACACAAGCGAUCAGUUUUACAAUGAGUUUUAUGACAUGCUGCAGUCUGAUCUGAACAGAAUAAAAAGGGGUGAUGCCAAUAGCAUGAGCCGGUCAAGAGACCAAGCAAUUGGAGAUGCUGCAAACACUGAAAUCCUCACAAAGCAGAGUUCACCAAAAAGCAUUGCUAAAGAUGGAGUAGUAGAAGAGAAGAAAAGCAAAGGGAAUUGUCUGGUGGCAAAGAAGGAGUGUUUGAAUUCAAAAAGCAUGAAGGAGGGAAUUCAUGAUUUAGCAAAAAAAAUGAAGGAAUUGGAGAUGAUGGAUUCUGGUGAUGUUGAGCACGUGCUUGACAUAGAAGAAGCACUUCACUACUAUUCACGCCUUACAAGUCCUGUUUAUUUAGACAUUGUGGACAAGUUCUUCACGGAGAUGCACACUGAAAUAUCAGUUCCACAGUCCUCUAUCAGCAUCAAACGCUCCAAGUCAAAGGGAAGGCUUGGCUCAAUCAGGUUGUAGAUAAGAUAUUCUUAACGCAUACAAUGUUCGAGUAGUAGUGUAUAUGACAACUGUUUUGUCUCAUUAUUUUGUGUCUGAUUUUCCUUCUCCCAGUUUGCUGCUGAGCGAUUUGAGUUUGUUUGGUGUGAAUUCCCUAUAUUUAUACCCCCCCCCCCCCUUUUUUUCUUCUGGUUAUUUCAAUGUUGAAUUGAAUCUAUAUUGUCCACUCAUAAAAAAUGAAUUACUUGGAAAAUAAGAA